UGCGACACCUAGCGGCAGUAGGGAGAAACGAAAUACGGAGGUCCAGUCGCCGUGUGUGCCGUAGAGGCUGCUGUCGCGGACGGAAGAAUGAAGCUGCUAGCAAAGAAAAAGCGAACGGCCAAGCAGUUCUGCUGUGUUCCUCGGUGCGUGCCAGCGAGAUGGAAGGACAGCGAUAUUUCCGUUCACGCACUUCCCUCCGAGUGGAAAGGCUGAAGCCGCAGAACCAGGUGGAUCGCUAACCUCCGCAUCGGCAAGGCUGUGACGCUCACAGUGACUGUUUGCUCACGGCAUUUUGCACGGGAUAAUUUCUCCUUACCAGAUGUAGCAUGUCAAAGACAGCGGCUGAAAAAAAUGCAGUACCAACUGAAAACCUGCCAAGGACGUCAUGUUAUGAUGAGAACAAGGAUGCUCAUAUGAAAGAGCUUUCACUGGCAAGACUUCGCCGACGUGUGUAUCGGUCAGCCAGAAAUGAAUCAAGCAAAGAAACUGUUGCCUCCCCAUUAGAAGCAAAGGUGUUGCCCCAUGCACCUGUCAGCACGACCACCAUGGACGAUCUCCCAUCCCCUGACCGCAACAGCAUGGACCAAAUAAGUGACAAAGGAAAUAUGGACGAUUUCCCAUCCCCUAACAGCAUGGACCAAAGCCUUGCAAACACCAUAAGGGACAAGGACAUAGCAAAUAUGGCAAUUUAUUUUUUCUAGCCGGCAGCAUGUUUUCUGGAUUAACUUCGUGAAAGGAUUGUGGUGUGUGAUGGGUGCAAAUUAACUGAUGCAAAAAGCCUGGCUUUCCUACUUCCAACAUUGAAUUUAAUACAUUGACGUGCAUUAUUGGAAUGACAAAAAGAAGCUGCAUUUCGCGUCAGAUAUGUCAGACAUUACAACUCUUGCUUUUGUUUUGUGACAGGAAUGUGCUUGCCAACCUGGCCUCCGGACAUUAAUGGCAGAGUACUCAAGAGAAGAAAAAGACGUGGCAAAUUUCCUACUAGAAAUGGCUUCACGGACAAGGCUUACAGAAAGCAAGGCUGCCCAAGUGACAUCGGGUACUUUUCCACAGAAGUUUGUGAACACGAUAAAUAGUAGCAACGUAAAUACAUUCACAGGCCUGCCAUCAUUCGAUGUUCUGAAUGCUCGUGUGACGUGCUACACAAAAAUUCAUCCACUUUCAGGACGGCACCAGUUAUGUGUAAAAACAAUUGCAUUGACAUUGGUGAAAUUGAAGCAUAUUUCCACUGCAUUCUUGAGUCACCUUUUUAACUGUUCUCUAACUACAUGUAGCAACAUAAUUGCAGAGACUGCUCAGUUGAUGUGUGAAAUUUUAAAAGCAACUGUGGCUGUGCCACCAAAAGAUGAAUUCCAGUGGCACGUUUGCAUAUUCGGCAUUAGGUGAAUCACCUAAAAUCGUGUCAUGGCUGGCGAUAUUCGAGUAGCCUGUAUUGCAUAGAGGCAUUUGUGCGUGUGACCUUGGCUCCAUCAAAGCGUGGCGGCCUUGAGAGUAAGUGCGGUCUUCUGUUUGGAAAUCCAGCAUUUUUUAUGCCACUCAGCCGCUUCAUACUUUUCAGACACGGUCGUUGCCAUGUGAUCUACAUGCUGCACUUGUUUGCAUUGGCCAAACCUGCAGACUUCAACUUCAACACACUUUUUGUAAAUUAGCAAUGCACAUUCUUUUGCAACUUGUAUUCUUCAUUGAAGUGCUGAUUUACACUACGCAUUCUGAUGCAAGUUUUCAUCUUAUGGUAUUCCGAG